AGACCAAGUAAUGCAUCCAACUUAUGCAGAAGUUGGAUUAGGCUUACAAUCAUUAAUUAAACUUAAUGAGGCCUCAAAUUUAAAGAUUUUCUGGGAUUUACUUCAUUGUGAAGCUAGCUAGGCGCCUAGGCCAAAUUUCUGUCUGAUAGAGUGCUCAGGAAUGGUAGGCCAAUAAAUCAUCAUAUAUCAUCAUCUAUUUGGAGUAACAUAAGUUCGAUGUCAUUUUGGAGAAUUCUAGCUGGUAACUAGGUACUGGUAGAAGAUUCAAUUAUGGGAGGAUUCUUGGUGUGGUGAGCCUCUCAAAGAAAGGCUUCAAAUCAACGAAUCAUUGUUAAGAGAUCUUCCAGUUAAAGAGUGCGAGAUUAUGCAUAACCGUUCUUGGUUUAUACCUCAAAAUUUAGGUGUUAUGUUUCCUAACUUAAAGGACUUGGUUCAAAAAGUUACUAUUCCUUUAGAAUACUUACAUGACAAGCUUAUUUGGAACAACUCCCCUACUAGUGAUUUGUCUUCGAAAAUUGCUUAUGAGUUCAAGAGGCAUAAAACUCAAACCAAAAACUGCGCUAAGAACAUUUGGUGUAAGGAUGUUCCCCCUUCUAAGUCUUUAUUGGUUUGGAGAUUGAUGUUGGACAAGGUUCCUACAUAUGAUAUGCUUAUGGUUAGAGGUUGCAGCAUGACUUCAAUGUGUUCCAUCUGUCACUCUUAUACUGAAUCAGCAUUUCAUUUGUUUUUUAACUGCACUUUUGCUUUCAAACUUUGGUGCUGGCUAGCUACUUCGUUGAGUUCUACUCUUCACUUCCAGUCCAUGGAAGACAUUUGGAGGUUAUGUGAGAAACCUUGGUCUCCUCAGUGUAAGCUUGUUAUUAAGUCUGCUAUUAUUAAUAUAAUUAAUGCUAUGUGGAUGGCUAGAAAUAAUGCUAGAUUCAAUCAUAGUCAAACUCACUGGAAAAAUGCUAUUGUUUGGAUUUAUUCAAAUACUGCACUUGCAGGAAACAAAACUUCAUUAUACUCCUCUGCUUGUUUAUCAGACUUCACCAUUCUUAAAGGUUUAAAUGUUAACAUUCAUCCUCCCAAAGUCCCAAGUAGAUGCAAGCUUGGGACAUUUGCUUUGUAGAUGGUCUAGAGCACCGGGACGCAACUGCAAUUUACAAUUGCUUACGUGCAUAUGCUGCCAUUGACAACACCAAGAAUGCAGAAUAAACUUUUCGAGUUACUGUUGUGACUCCAUUGAUACAGAAGAUUAUUCUACAUGGGUCAUCAGCUGUGGCUGCUGCAUCAUCCGGGGAUGGGCUUGAAAAUGAUUAUCAAUUAAUUAAGGAGUGCAUUUAUAUAGACUGCAAAUUUUUGUUGGAUAUUUCUUCAGCCGCAAGGUCAUUUAUGGCCGUGAUUGUGGUUGUGCCAACAUAUAUCAUGCUUACUUAUCAAAAUGGCAGCAUGAUAAAAUGACAAUUGUGUUGCUUGCAAUAUUGCCUGAUACACAAAAUGAGGAAGUAAACAAUGGAAAGCUCAAGCUGGAGCAUUGCAGGACAGAGCUGCAAGUUGCAGAUGUCCUAACAAAGGCAAUGACAGUUGAAACCUUUGUUAGGUUGAGAAAUUUGAUGUGCAUUAAGUCCUUAGAGAACAUGAAUUAAGGGGGUGUGUUGAAUUGUGCAAAUUCAUUGUGUAAUCCAUGUUCCUAAAUCAGUUACUUGAUGUCCAAGUUAGUUUCAAAGUUAGUUAGUUUGUUGCUUAUGUGGCAAGUGACAAACAAGUUAGUUGUUAAGUAGUUAAUAACAGUUUUAGGGAGUUAGUUAGUUAGUUAGGAGGUGGUUACAAGUUAGUUAGAAGUGUGUGUGAUUGCUUAAGUGUAAAGCAAUGUGUAUAAAUGCAAGUGAUUGCAUUAUUGGUUUUUGUAACCUUUUCCUUGGCCCAUUAGUGGAAGAAUAAAAUUUCUCUUCUCCCUAAUCAGAUUCAUUCUCUAAUCAUUCAGUUUUACUUUUCAUUCUUCUUCUUCCUUUAUACUGAAAACCAAUUCUUCAUUCAUUCCAUAGUUUUCUU